AUGUCCACUCCAGCAUCGCCGUAUGGCAGCACAGUCUCGACGUCCGCACACGACCACACGUCAACAGGUAUCAUAGCAGGAAGCGUAGUCGGGGGUGUCAUCGCGCUUGGGAUAAUUGCACUGUUAGCAUUUGUCAUACACAAGGGUUCUAAGCACAGAGGAAGCGAGAUUCACCGACAACCGCAGGUCGACAAAAUGCCGUACCAGGAGUUUGACCAGCACGAUGCGCUCUCGGAUCCGAUUGUGUGUCAGGGUGGAAGGCAUGAGGACAUUUCUGAGUUGGCAAAUGUGUCUGUGUACGAAUUGCCCAAGAAAGUUACACAGCAAUCGAAGUAG